AUGGAUAUCGACACGCCGCAUCGCUUGAAUCUCCUGGCUGAACAAGCAGGGGACGCGGAUGUGACGGAUGACGCCGAGGAAAUGGACACCGACGGUGACGGGGAUUUCUUGGACAUUGCAGAACGAAUGGAUAUGGACGAACCGUCUCCACCGCCACCACAUCCCAUAAUGGAUUCCUUCAGUCUCCAACCAGCUAUGUUAGACGCCUCCCUCGUUGGUGGCACAGAUAUGAGCGUCUCCUCUGAUACUCUGUCCCUUCAUAUGGCCUCCAUGCAACCUACACCCUUUAAUUCUAUGGAUUCCGUGUAG